AUGGCCUUCAACAAUGUUCAACUGCAUCUUGUAGCAGUAUUUAGCAAUAAAGGGUUCAGCAGUCCUGCGGCUUAUUCUCGAUACCUUCGCUUGUUUAGAGAUCGUCCCAUCAGUCCCUCCUUCUCAAUUCAGCCUUCUGGCUUUUCAAAUUACUGUCCCGAGGCAGUACGCUUGUUCUAUGUCAACCUCGUUCCGGGUCCUGGAUGCGACCUAGCCUUCUUCACAAAAACUGUGUUCAAUUAUGAUAUCACAGUUACUCCUGCUCUCUUGGCAAACCUUCUCAAUCUUCCUCACACUGGACUUCGGGCAGGCACAUAUGGUGAAUUUGCUGCUCGAGGCUUUCGCUUUGAUGCUGCUCUUGCACGCUACACCCGUGAUAUCGGGGAAUUCUUUCCUUCUCCGCUUGCGGCUGGUCGUUUGCCAGAUGACUUGAAGGUGUUGUACUUCUUCAUUACUCGAUGCUUUCUGCUUCGUGAUCUCUCCUGCACUGAUCUCCUUACUCUGCUGAUCUAUGGAUCUUAUCUAAUGCUAAAGAAGAUAACCAAACUUCUUUAUCAGUUGGGAAUUGAUUUGCGUGAUACGGCCACGCUCUGCAAUGUCUUUGAUGAUCUUCGUCCCCAACAUGUUCUAGCCAAGUUAAAUGUUGAGGUCGUCCCCUUGUGCAGUAAUGACUCAAUCAGCUCUAACUCCGAGUCAGAAGAAGAAGAUAGGAUUUCGGAGUACGAGUCUCCACCAAAAUAUCCCUUCUAG